AUGAAUGUACUUUUGAAAGUACAGCUUCUGCUCACCACAAUCCUAUCGCUCAUUCUACUGCAACCCCUUUUUCAAGGAACCAACGCAACUCCAACCGGAAACAAGAUUCUGCUUAAUGUAGACAUUUCUGCGAAGCCUGGGUAUUAUAUUCGGAACUUCCCAUCCACAGAAUUCCCCAGAGGUAUUUAUUAUUCUGCAAGGGUAGGAAAUAGAUGUCAGCAUGCUAUCGGUAACGUGUUCGAUGGACCAGAGCUGAUUAUCCCUGGAGAUCCAAACUCUAUAACUAGAUCCGUUCUAGUUGUGCCUAGAGAAGACGGUACCAAGUAUGUGAAGGUACUUACAAAAUAUGCGGGUGGUCCUACCAGGCCAGUAGUUAAUGUUUUAGAAUUUCUGAGAUUUCCAACUAAUUUACACUAUGUGCAAAUUCAGAGGGUUCAUCUGGAUUUGGACAUCUUAGAUUUCAACCACAACCAAAUGAUAAAUGCCGAACUUCUGGUUAAUUGGCAAAAGCACGAUGAGGAUGUGGCCAAUGGAAGAGCUCCUAUGGGUAUACCAGAAAAUUUGGAGACCAUUCCCAUGAAAUUUACUGUUCAGGAAGACAUGCAAGAUCAUUUCACAAUUGGUGUAGUCAAGUAUAACGGACGCAUUGUAGAGAGCAGGACUGAUGGACUAAUGAGCAGACAAGUCACCUGGGAGGGAGGAGUGAGAAGGCCAAGGAUUAUCAUCCUGUCAAGAUAUGUGGAUAAUACAGAGAUUAAAGGUAGAUAUGAAUUCUCAGGGACUUCGGGAUGGUCUAUUUCUCACAGUAACAAGAAAUAUUUGAAUUUGUUUCUGUAG